AUUCUGACACUGCUUCUGUUUUCUAUUGCUCUGCGUUGGCCAAACUUUGCGCAGCGCAGCUGUUUUGCGCUUCUCAGCCAGCUUUUGUCGGCUUUCGAUCGAGCGAAUGUCCUUUUAUGGCUCACAGUCGGACGUGUUUAAUCAAUCAAUUAACGGAGGUUAAGCGUGCUCUGAGCGGCGAAAACAAACUGCGAUUGCAUGUAGUCGUGUGUAUGCACUUGCCGCCAAGCGGCGAUGGCCGCUCGUCGAUAGCACUAAUCAUCGAUUGGUGGCCAUCGAUUAAUUUGUAGAGGGUGUUCUGGUCCUCGGCGCCUUUGUUUAAAUUUAAACUCUAACAUUAUAUUGUUCAUUUUAAGGGAAAGAGACAUUUAUGGCGUUUAAUUUAUUAUGUAGCGAAAAACAUAUAGGGGUGUUCCACGAAUAUUACCUUAUUAUUUGGCUUAAGCACGGACUUCCCCGAAUAAAUGUAGCUUCCUAGUCACUCACACAUUUAUCUAAUCUAACAUUAAAAACAGGUCUACGCCGGCGACGGAAUGCCGGGGCACAUCUGUCUGGAGUGCCGCCUCCUCUUCGAGCACUGCUACCGCUUCAAGCAGAUGUGCAAGCGGGCGGAGACCCUCCUGCGCCAGUAUCCGCUCACGGGUAACUGGCCAUCGCCGCUGGAGAAGCCCCGUGCGCCCAUGACGAUGGUGGCUUCCAAGAAGUUGUUGGUCGUGCCAGCAAAGACAGCCGAGCCAAGCGAAACGCCCAAAAAGCUGCUGAACACAAUGGCCAAAUCCAGUAGUCAGGUGAUCAUCGAGGACGUCCAGGUGCUGGAGAGCGCCAUGGUGACCCCCAGGACGGUAGCCGGUUCCUCUCCAGUGCCACGUCGUUCGCACGCCUAUGAGCUGAAGGUGGAUAACAACCAGGAGCUGUCCAUGGACGAUGUGCAGAGCAUGCUGGAGGAUAUGGCCAGUGAGCUAGAGAAGGAGUUCCCCGAUAUCCCCCAGAAGGCAUCACCCGUCAAGCCGAAGGUGCUGAACAAGUCCUCGAUUAGGAUCUUGAACAAGGGACCCGCCGCUCCGGUGGAACCGCGCCUGGCCACACCCAAAGUCAAGCGAGAUGAUAGUGGCAAUGUGGCCAUAGUGACAGAGGUUCUGGACUCGGAUCUGCCAUUGGACGAUCAAGAUGAUCCGACCAAGAACGCCGAGAAGGUGGCCACCGAUGUGUUCCCCUGUCCCGAUUGCGAACGCUCCUUUCCGCUGCAGCAGCUGCUCGAGAUCCAUCGGCUGAAUCACACUCGCUCGCGCAGCUUCCAGUGUCUCCUGUGCGAGAAGAGCUUCUUCUCCAAGUACGACCUGGCCAAGCACAACUUUGUGCACACCGGCGAGCGGCCAUUCAAGUGCGCCAUCUGCUCGAAAGCCUUCACACGGAAGGCAUUGCUCCAUCGCCACGAGCGCACCCACACGGACGUACCCAAGUUCAUCUGCGUGUACUGCGAGAAGCCCUUCCUUUCGCGCCAGGAGAUGGAGAAGCACGCCGAGCGACAUCAGAAGAAGCGUCCGUUCCAAUGCGGUGUCUGCACCAAGUCGUUUGCCUUCAAGCAGGGAUUGGAGCGUCAUGAGACAGUCCACUCCACCAAUCUUCCCUUCCCCUGUCAGCAUUGCGAGAGAAGCUUUUCCACCGCUUCCAAGCUGGCCCGCCACCUGGUUGCCCACGCCGGGAAGAGAGCCUAUCCCUGCAAGUACUGCCACAAGUCCUACAUGCUGUCGCAUCAUCUCUCGCGCCACCUGCGCACGCACACGCAGACUUCCGACGCCUCGUUCGUGUGCAGUGAGUGCAAGGUGUCGUACAGCAACUAUAACGACCUACUGGAUCAUGCGCUCAUUCAUGCCACCGCCAGCCUGAAAUGUCCCAUGUGUCGCAAGCAGAUCGAAGAUAUCGACAGUGUCGAGAGCCACAUGGACCAGCACAAGCAGAGCGAGCGCCAUGCCUGCGAGUUCUGUGACCACAUCUUCUUGACGCAGAAAUGCCUGCAGCGCCACAUCGAGGACGAUCAUGUGGUGGAAAUGGAGCCGUACCAGAACGAGUUCGAAGACGACGGCGAAGGAGAAGGCGGCGUCGAUGAGAAGGAGGAACAUCUUGACGAUUUUGAAGACAUGGACAAUGUGAAGCAGGAAGAAUUCGUGACGGAAUACUUAGAAGACGAUGCUCUCUAUGAGGACCACCUAGACGAUAGCGACGAAUCCUUCACGCCGCCGCCUCCAAAGCAGCGUAAAACCAAUCCUCCCAAGGAUGCCCAGCAAUCCGUGCGCCAAACUCGCAGUCGGGAUGCUCAAAGAAUCACUCAGAAGACAGGAAAGAACGAAGGCAAGCCUCAUCACAAACUGGAACGCAACCUUAAGAAUCGCCGAUCCGCAAAAUAAUGAUAGUAGUUGAAUAUAUUGCAUGCGAAAAGUGCAUCCGUGCUUAUGCUUAAAUUUAAAUUCUAUUUAAUUGUAACUUUUAAUUUUUCCUUUAACCGAAGGCCUUUUAAAUAAACUCCUCACC